AACGCCAUCACCUCUUUGAAUCUGUAUCAGUCGUGUCAUCUUUGAUUUUACUGCAUUUGUAUCGAUGCUUCCCUCGCUUUUACAUUUCCUACCCCGGUUCGGACGAUGGAAGCCCCUAAGCUUUUCCAAUUUGAACUUUCCCCGGAUACCACUGGCUCAAAAAAUCGAAGAAGAGACAAUCCCAGGUUACGUCGCCGCGCGGUACUAUCCCGUUCGCAUUGGGGAGGUCUUCAAUGAGAGAUACCAAGUCGUUGGUAAACUCGGAUAUGGAGCAACUUCGACAGUGUGGCUUGCGCGGGACAUGAACCGCCGCAAUUAUGUUACCCUCAAGAUAUUCAUUACAUCUACAUCCAUGGGCCAGCAAUUGGAUGGCGAGCUCAAUAUGUACAAACGCCUGGAGCGAGGCUCGAAAUCUCAUCCUGGUCGCAAAGCUGUGCGGAUGCUUCUCGACUCUUUUGAUGUUAAUGGGCCCACAGAUAAACACAGAUGCCUUGUACAUCCUCCCCUAUGGGAGAGCGUCUUGACCUUUCUUCGCCGCAACCCAAUUCACAGGCUGCCCGUUCCAGUCAUGGCAACUGUACUAAAGUAUCUCCUUCUAGCACUGGACUAUUUGCAUUCCGAAUGCAAGAUUAUCCACGGUGACAUCAAAUCCGAUAACAUCAUGCUCGGCAUUGCUGAUGAUUCGGUUUUCACUCAUUUUGAGGAAAGCGAGCUUCAAACACCCUGUCCACGGAAAGAACUAGAUGAUGGUCGCAUCAUCUACGAGUCCCGCCAACUCACAAUGCCAAAGAACUUUGCCCCCCCUGUGUUAUGCGAUUUUGGGUCAGCCAUGCCUGGAGAUGUUGAUGAGCAUUUGGAAGAUAUCCAACCAAACUUCUAUCGAGCGCCAGAGGUGAUCCUCGAGAUUCCAUGGUCAUACAGCGUUGAUAUAUGGAACGCAGGCUGUGUGGUGUGGGAUAUGUUCGAAGGCGAGUUUCUGUUUACUGGACAUGAUCCGGAACUCCAGACCUACCGAAGUAGAGCACAUCUAGCUGAGAUGAUUGGUCUUCUUGGGCCACCGCCGCCUAACCUCCUUGCUCAGGGUAGGCUGACGAGCAAAUUCUUUUCAGAGGAAGGCGAAUUUUGUGCCGGAAUUCCUUUGCAAGAUCCAGUUCCACUCGAAGAGAGAGAAACUGCUCUCAAGGAACAACAGGAGGACAGGGAGAAGUUUCUGUGUCUGAUGCGGAAAAUGGUUCAGUGGGAACCGGGCAAGCGAAGCUCUGCGAAGGAACUUAUGCAAGAUGAAUGGAUCCGUGCGCAUUCAUGAAAAGGAAAAUGCCGGCCUUGGUUCAGCCUUCAUCACAAAUCUGAGCCGCCAUCUCGGAUCUCUUGAGAACCUGUGACUUGGUUUAUUCAGUGAGGGAUCAGAAGACCUAGUCACAUAAGCCAUCAAAGCAAGAAGAACGAUAGAAGAGCCUACGAGCAGCAUCCCGAUAAAGCCGGCAACAAACUUAUCCCCUGCAAACCAAGUUCUAUUCCCGAGGUCCCUCUUCAGCAGCCAUGUCCACGGGUCCUCCCUGUGUGGCCGACGUCGAAUACUCGCGUUUAUCGCCAACUCUGAUGGUGCCAGUACCGUUCGCAUAGAUGUGAUGGGUUCGAGCCGGCCCAUUGGUAGGCUUGACUCGAGCGCUGAUAAUCAGCUCUUUAUCUUUAGGGUUGUAAUGAGAUCGAUGGAUAGGGCUACUGCUGUCGUUGCGGUGCCUAUGUGAACAGUCAUUCGAUUUCGCCGACUUUCUAAGAGAGGUUUAGAGUACAGAAUUUCAUUAUCGUUCUAGGAUGUUGCGUACCUUGACGGCACCAUUGGCCGCAUAAUGAUCUACCGCCUGCCGGAACUCCGGCGUGAGAAGCUCCUUAUCAUAGCCCAACCAUCUCACAAGGGUCCGAGCGGUUGAAGAGAAUGCACGGGCCAUAAUGGUUGCUCCUUGGUGUAUCGAGUAGAGAACUAGAUGGAUCAGAAGCAGAAGGAUUUUACGUGAGAUUGAAGAUAACAAUGCAGAGAGCCAUCAGAUCUUGUCCUGG